AUGACGGCAGAGGGUGGAGGACACAGCGAUGGACGGCAGCAGCGUAGAACUAUGGAAAGCAGACAGCAUGCCUCUCCUAUGGAGAACAUGCUGCGAGUGAUGCAGGAGCAGAAGCGUCUACAGCAAGAGCAAAUGCGUUUGCAACAAGACGGGAUGAAGGCUCUUCUUGAAGCUAUCGCUCGUGCACAGAGCGCAGGUACUGUACGAGCAGUACCGCAUUAG